AUGCCUAUCAAGCUGCCUAAGAGCUUCGCUCGGCGAAAGUCAUCUGGCAACGUUUUGGAGGAUGUGGAGACACCAUCCUUUCGGGUCUUUGAGCGCCCGAGCCCUCAACGAUCUUUGACCGAUGGUGCUGCGCUGACCAAACGGAUGAGCGAGGGCAAUGCGAUGCCCUCGGAGGAUGACAACAUGUUCGCGGGGACGGAGCAGCCCCUGGGCAAAAAUCGGACCAGUGGUACGACAAACUAUGAAAGCUCAACCUCCACCCGACUCAGCUCCUCGUCUACUCAGCCUUCCUCCACAGAGAUUGCCUCCCCGGACGAUGCCUCCCCUCAUUCCCGAAUCCAGGACAUUCCCGUACCACCUCCGGUCGCUGCGGGACUACGUGCUGCUGCAGGACGGACGUUCUCGUUUGGUGGACGGUUCAAGCCAUCUGCCCCGGCUCCCCCACGGCAUGCUACACCGGAUCAAUCUAAUAGACAGCGAGCCGUGAGCGGUACCACGGAUGAAACUGCCACCCCGCCAAAGCUGUCCGACGAUGACUUGAACCUGGGAGGUGAUGACUUUGGAAAGAUGUUUGAUCAUUUAGGAAAGCGAGAAAGUUUUAUGCGAGAUCCUUCCCCUCAGCGGGCCAACCAGUUAUCCUCAACCCCCCCAACGCAAGCUCUACCAGAAUUCUACAAUACAGGUCGUGCUGCACGGCCUCCGCCAAUUGAUACAGAUCGAUCAGCACCCGUUGAACCUUCCCCUCACUCAUGGAACAGCCGUCACUCAGAGGAGGGAUUGCUCAAUGAUCCCUAUUCCCCCGUUAUCUCUACUCCUGAGACAGUGACUGGGUUCCGUCGACAAUCCCCUGCUCCUAACCAAACGGUCGGUGCUACCACCUCUCACCGGUCUCUAGACCGGCCUAAUAGACAGUCGGACAUGGGGUUGCGAAGAAGUAUAAUUCACUAUGGGGACCGAGACUCCACUGCCAUCAACGACGAGGACGCAACGAUGGUUAGAAACUCCCUUAUGUGGAGUAAAGAUACCAGUCCUCCGCCGGUACGAAGCGGAGGCUUGUCCCCAUCUAAUAGCACCCCGCUUCUCAAGAGUUCGGGGGCCAGCCCUACCUUAACCCGAGCCUCGGAUCCAAUGUCCUCGAUUUCCUCAAACGAGCACAUUGAUCCAUCCCUUGCACAUAGUGCACGACUUGCGGUCCAAUUCGCGGAGAAUCAGCCUAGGACGGUGUCUCCAGGCAACAAGGUGAUGACUCCGUCCCAAUUCGAGCAUUACCGCCAGCAGCAGGAACUUCGACGUUCGAACAGCGAUGCGUCUGAUAGUGAUAAUGACUCGGAACAGGAUGAGUUUGACGAACAAGACGAGGCGGAAAAGCAGCGUGAGGCGGAAAAGCAACGGCGGAAGCAAGAGGCACAUUUGUCCGUGUAUCGUCAGCAGAUGAUGAAAGUGACGGGCCAACAAGCCCCGUCGCCAUCACUUCGUCCGGUCAUGAGCGGCGCCAGCAGUAGCACCCCCAAUCUUCCCAUCUACCUGGCUAGCUCAGGUGACAAGUCUUCGAGCGGUAAAAGCCACGAAGGCGAUGAUGACGAAGUUCCGUUGGGAAUUCUUGCAGCUCAUGGAUUCCCCAAUCGUAACCGGCCGCCUACCCGCCUAGCCAACGUCAGCUCUAACCCGAAUCUUCGGGCGUCUAUGAAUCCGUAUGCAUCGUCUUCCAGCUCUCUCGCGGGUGUCGAGCAGAAUCGGGGUAGCUUGCCCGUUUUCGCCAGGAACCUCCCACGAGAUCCCUAUUUCGGUGCUAGUCUGGUCAAUUCGAGCAACAGAGAGUCUCUGGCUAUGGGUGGUGGUUCAGUACACGGCGGUCCUGCAUCGCCCAUGCCUCAUGGAGGUCUUGUUGGAGUGAUUGCGCAAGAGGAACAGGCGCGGGCCAUGAGAAGAGGCAGCCCGAAUACUCAAGCUAUGUAUGAUAUGGGAAGCGUACCUCGGCCAUAUUCUAUGAUGCCACCAUCUCAGAUGACUGCAUCAGAGCAGGCUCAGGUUCAACUAUCAGCCCAGAUGUCCAACAUGAUGCAGAUGCAGAUGGAGUGGAUGCAGCAGAUGAUGCAUAUGCAGGGCAUCCAGGGCCCUCCCCCGCCAAUGAUGCAAGGCGGUAUGCAAACACCACCUAUGAUGGGCGGACCUAUGCCAACACCACCGAUGAUGAGUGGACCUAUGCCAGGAGCCCCCAUGGGCCCUCCUUCGGUUUCUGGCCACUCCAAUAUGCGACCAGUCUCCAUGCCUGGGCUGAUUCCCCCAACUCCCACUAACUACGACCAGCGCACUUUGAGCAUGAUUGAUCCAAACAUUGCCAUGCGCCGAACUGGCUCACCAAUGCCUAAUCUGUCUGGCGGUUUCCAGCAAAACUCGCCCGGAUAUGCUCCGUCUAUCGCUCCCUCUGAGCGCAGCAACGCAGGCCUAUCAUCUCGAUACCGCCCCGUCUCCGCCCUUCCGGGCGAUCUCACUCACCACGCCUCACCACUAAACAAGUCCUGGAAUGAUGAGAAUCGUAAUUCGAACUUGCCUCUCUCCCAGUCUACGGGCAGUAUUCCGAAGUCGAUUGCUACGGUCACUGUCCGCCCUGUCUCACAAGCUAGUCAAGCUGGUCCCGGUAUUCGCAAGGUACAGAAUACCUCGGACGAAGAAGAUGACGAAGAAGCUUGGGCCGAUAUGGUGAAAAAGCGAGAAAAGAAGAAGAGUAACUGGAAGUUGAAGCGCGGAACCUCCUCAUUCGGAGAUCUGCUGAGCGUCGUGCAUUAA